AUGUUACUGCUAUAUGCGGCGGUGUUAGUUGUUUGCGCUGCGACAUCGCCAAAAAACGAGAGUCAGCCCAGUAGAAACGCCUUCCUCACAGUUCAGACCAUACUAGCCGAGGGGUAUCAUGCAGAGACUCAUCACACCGUCACCAAGGACGGCUACGUUCUCGAACUACACAGGAUACCGUACGGGAAAAACGGGAAUGCAGGCGCGGAGAACAGACCUGUUGUUUUACUGAUGCAUGGCCUUCUCGGAGCGUCUAACUCUUACACUCUCUACGGACCCGAAUACAGCAUGGGCUUCAACUUGGCUGACGCUGGAUACGACGCGUGGAUGGGUAAUGCAAGGGGCACCAAGAACUCACGGCGCCACACGACUCUGGACCCCGACAGUCCCAUCGACAAGUUUCAGUUCUUCAACUUCACCUACGAGGAGAUCGGCCUCGACGACGUGCCGACGAUGGUCGACUACAUCUUGAACCACACGCGACAGGAGAGGCUGCACUACAUCGGCCAUUCGCAGGGCGGCACCGUGUUCCUCGUGCUGAACAGCAUGAGGCCGGAGUACAACAGGAAGUUCGCCUCUGCCCACUUGCUGGCGGGCGUCGGCUACCAAAACCAUUUCCCACAUUCGCAGCUGUUGAAACUGGCGAGAUUCACAGACGUCAUUUACCCCCUUGCCGUGUCACUGGGCUACGUUGAACUGUAUCCGCCAAAUUCUACUGUUGCUAUCAAUACAAAUAACAACAGUUCGUUUUGCGCUGGCUUUACUUACUUUCAAAACAUAUGCGAAAAGAUUCCACUGACGUCCGACGACAUCGAUAUGAAUUUAAUCGGGGGGGCGUCCCUCAAGCAAGUCGCCCACUACGGACAGAACAUAAGGGACAAAGCGUUCAGACGUUGGCACUUUGGGACGGCUAAGAAUUUGCAAGUGUACGGCACGGAGACCCCACCUAAGUACGACAUAGGCAAGGUCACGGUAAAAACGACGAUGCACUACACGCCCAACGACCUGGUGCUGGACGAGAGGGACGUCCUGGCGAUGGCCAACGACAUGCCAAACGCGGACGUGCGCAGGGUGAAGAGGGACAGUUUCGGGCACGAGGAGUUCGUCACCGCCAAGGACGCGAGGGAGCUGGUCACGGAACACAUAAUCGAAGCGCUAGCCCAGGCACAUCCGAUUGAAGAGUCGGAAGAGAGCAUUGAGGUUGGUACCGAAGAUAUGGAGGAAGAGGAGGAACCAAAUGCAGCCACGACGGACAAAUUAAAGAACAGGUUCGAACAGUACUGCGGGUGCCGAUCGCGUUCGGAGGUCCAUCGAACGCAAUUAAUGGACCCCGUCCACUCAUCAUCGUUUAAAACCGGGAACGCAGUUAAAUUUCGCUUGGAGGACACUUUCGGAGGCCGACCGCCGUACGUGCCGGUGGUACCGUCAAUCGUUAAUUUAACGCCACUUGCGACUGUUACGCCCCCCGCCGGA